GGGUUCCCCGGGGGUGGAUUCUGAACCACUUCCGAUUCGAAUCAUAUAAGAAUCAAUGAAGACCGAUCCCCUGGAUUUGGGCAUUUAAACUUACUGGCCAUUGAUUCGGCCCUGUACUCUGAUUUUUCACUGAUUAGAGUUUACUCAGCUUGGGAUCAAGACCUGGAGUGCUCUAAAUGGCGAAAUCAUUCUUUAUAGUACCCAAGCUCUUGAAAAACAGAAUCGGCAUCGAUUGUCUGUGUCGAUUUCGAUUCAAAUCAAUCGGAAUUGAUUGGAAUCUGCAAGAAUCAACCGGAAACGGAAUAGAUAUAUAGAAUAAAAUCGAAAUCGGCCCGGAUUGGAUUUUUUUUCCUUAAACUCGACAAUUAUUUUGGGACCUUGAGAAUACUUCUGGGAGGCCAAGGUAAUAAUUCCUGCAAGAGAGAGAGAAUCCAUUAUUCUGCAGUGACCUGGGUGGAAAGGAACUGAUAUGGGGUUUACCCUUUUGCAGGGAAGGGGAAGGGGAUAAAAAAGACAUUUAACAUCUGAUUCUAAUAUUGUUCACACCACAUGAUAUGUUUGUAAUUAUAAACUUCACAUGGGUCUGAGUGUAAUAGAUGAAACAUUCAGGGGAGUGAAGUGAAAUUUCCUCUUUUAUUUUUUAUUUUUUGGUUAAAUCUCUCUCUCCUCCCAUCAAACAGAUUUCCUAAACCCGAAUUGGAACCAGAUUAUAGAAUUGAUUUUGAAUUGAACCCAAAUUGAAAUCAAACAGGUCAGAUUGAGUAUCUAAUUGCAGAACCAACUAGGUUCUCGAAAAACUGAAAUCAAACCAAUUGACAAGCUUGCUCUUUAUGUUGCUUCUUUCACCAAUCAUGGAUCGUAAUUGCCCUUAAAAAACCAUCAUCUACCAAAGCUUUUUGUAAAAUCUCAACUAAUUCUCGAAGAGAUUAGUGCAGUAAUCCACUACCAUGAUCUCUACUUAAAUUACAGAUACACAUGGAGAAUUGAACCUAGAACCAUAUGUCUAUCCAUACAAUUCCCAAUUCAACACAACCAUCUGAGCAACCUGGAUGGGUUCAUGAGGUUUUCAAUGCUACCCACUUGGCAGCAAACAUUGUCCUCCCAGGCCCUCAAUAAGUUAUGACCUAUACUGAUUAAUCAGAUCCGGUUCACUGCAAUUAUGGAUCUAUAUACAAUCAUCUUGAUCUUUCGUCUUAUCUACACCUCUCUCACCUAAUCCUCCAAAAUCAAAUCAAGAAAUGGGCGACACAUAGGGUCCAAAAGAAAGUGACCUCUUAAUUUCUGGAAAAAAAAAAUUUGUAAAUAUCCCAAGAAAAAUAUAGGAGAGUGCCAUAAAUUUUCCAUCUUAAGAAUUGGGAUCCAAGGACUCGGCUGAUCAUUGUAGGAAACUAGAAUUGAGGGCACAAAGGAAUCAAAUCGCAGGCCUCUCUUCCACCUCCUUCCAUGGCUCGGAGAAAUGGGCUUCACAUCGUUAUUUUCCCAUGGCUAGCUUUUGGUCAUAUGAUACCAUUUCUAGAGCUCUCCAAGGGCUUAGCUAAAAGGGGUCAUCAAAUCUCCUUCAUUUCCACACGAAGAAACAUCGAAAGACUUCCCAAACUCCCUCCCAAUCUAUCCUUUCUCAUUAAUUUUGUAGAGCUCACCUUACCUCUGGUGGCCAACUUGCCGGAGGGAGCUGAGUCCACUUCUGAUGUCCCAGUCGACAAAAUCCAGUACCUUAAGAAUGCCUUCGAUGGUCUAGAAGGAUCUGUUGCUUGUUUCCUUAAGAGCUCAGUCCCAGAUUUGAUUCUUCAUGACUUCUCCCGUCACUGGCCCCAACCCCUUGCGUAUAAACAUGGUGUUCCAUGUGCCUACUUCUGUAUAACCAUCGCUUCAACACUUGCCUUCCUUGGCUCCCCAUGGUUGCGUAUGGCCGGUGAAGAUACCCGAACAGAUCCUGAACACUUCAUUGUUCCUCCGAAGUGGAUUCCUUCCCAAUCUAAUCUUGCAUUUCAUCUCUAUGAAAUCCUUAAAUUGUCUGAUUCCUCAAGUGGAAACGCUUCUGGUGUGUCCGAUAGCCAUCGACAGAACUCGGCAAUCCUCGGCGCCAACUUUGUAGCUGUGAGGAGCUGUGAAGAAUUCGAGGGCGAUUCUCUACUUAUCCUGCGGGAGAAGGGCUACUGGAUACCAGUCAUUCCAAUUGGUCUACUUCCUCCAUCAUCAGAGGAAGCAAAUACAUCGGAAAACAAAGAUGAUAAGUGGCUAAACAAGCAAAGAGAAGGAUCUGUGGUUUACAUAGCAUUUGGGAGUGAAGCAGAACUGAGCAGGGAAGAAAUUCAUGAGGUAGUUCUUGGGUUAGAGCUAUCUGGGUUGCCCUUCUUUUGGGCACUAAGAAACCCAACAGGGUUGCUAGCAUCAGGUUUUGUGAAUAGAACUCAAGGUCAGGGUUUUAUCUGUUUAGGAUGGGCUCCUCAGAGAAAGAUAUUGGGCCACCCUUCAGUGGGGGUUUUCUUGACUCACUGUGGGUGGAGUUCGGUAAUUGAAGCUCUUGCAAUAGGUUGCCCUCUUGUGUUAUUACCUCAAUCAAUCGAUCAACCUUUGAUUGCAAGGUUGUUGCUGAGCAAGAACAUUGGGGUAGAGAUUCCAAGAGAUGAAGGAGAUGGGUCGUUUACAAGGGAUUUGGUCGCCAAGUCACUGAAACUAGUAGUAGUGGACACAGAAGGGGAGUUGCAUAAGGCCAAAGCCAGGGAGAUGAAACAACUGUUUGGAGACAAGGCUCAGCAUGACCGAUACAUGGAUGAUUUUGAGCAGUACCUCAGAAUUAAUCAUGGGUGAUUCAACAAUCAUUUGGAAGGAGAAUUGGGCCAAAAACGUGGUAAAAAAAGCGGGUUAGAAGUAAAAUCCGGAUUGGUUUGAGAAUUAUCCGUUUUCCUGUGAAAAUUUUGUAUUUUCAUUUUUAAUAUUUAUAGUAUUUCUUUCACGGGUCGUAAACUUGUAUGGUUGUGAAUGUAGUAGAUGAUGUAUGGUGGAUUCAGCACAUGUUUUUCAUUCCUAUUUGUCUGCUUGCGUAGCUAUUCUAAUUGUAUA